UGUAUGAGGGGAGGGAAAUGGCGGCCGGGCAGGGCGGCGAUGCCGACGAGCUCUUCGACGUGAAGAACAGCUUCUACAUCGGCGCCUACCAGGCCGCCAUCAACGAGGCGCAGCGCGUCAAGCCGUCGAGCCCGGAGAAGGAGGCGGAGCGGGACGUGUUCCUGUUCCGCGCCUACAUCGCGCAGAGAAAAUACGGYGUUGUGCUGGAUGAAAUUAAAGCCAACGCUAGUCCUGAGCUCCAGGCAGUGAGGAUGUUUGCUGARUAUCUGUCGAACGAGGCUCAAAGGGACGCAAUUGUCGCCGAUUUGGAUAGAAAAAUGGCCAAAAGCGUCGAUGUCACCAACACGACGUUCUUGCUGAUGGCUGCUUCCAUCUACUUCCACGACAAGAACCCCGACGCGGCCUUGCGCACGCUGCACCAAGGGGAGAGCCUGGAGUGCAUGGCCAUGAUGAUACAGAUCCUUCUGAAGCUCGACAGGCUUGAUCUAGCCCGCAAGGAACUGAAGAAGAUGCAGGAGCAAGAUGAAGACGCGACACUUACCCAGCUGGCUACUGCCUGGGUGAACAUAGCCCUAGGUGGUGAGAAGCUGCAAGAUGCCUAUUACAUCUUCCAAGAGAUGGCAGAUAAAUGCUCCUCCACCCUGCUCCUGCUGAACGGGCAGGCAGCCUGCUACAUGGCCCAGGGCAAGUGGGACGACGCAGAGGGGGUCCUUCAGGAGGCCCUGGACAAGGAUAGUGGCCAUCCCGAGACGCUGAUUAACUUUGUUGUCCUCUCACAGCAUUUGGGCAAACCSCCAGAGGUAACAAAUCGCUACUUGUCACAAUUGAAAGACGCACAUAAAAAUCAUCCGUUCAUAAAGGAGUAUCAGGCAAAGGAGAACGAUUUUGAGCGGCUGGUCCUGCAGUACGCGCCCAGCGCCUGAGCGGAGGGAGGAGCCGCGGCUCUGCGGUGCCGCGGGACCUGGCGGUGAUGCACAAAGCCUCGCUGGCAACACGGACACGUUCCCUCCGCCCUCAGCCUGSCUUAUCUCGGCACGGUCCUGCCACGCAGAGGCCAGGGCUGAUCUUGUAUAGAACUUGUAGCCACUUGAAUUCGGUAUCUGAGAAGCCAGUGUUCUGAGUGGGAUGUCCUGAACUCCGUUUAAAAUACAGGCAGACCCGCAGUUUGCAACACUGUACCUUAAACAUUCCUAAUAAAGCCUUUUCU